AGUGUGACGUAUAAUCUCGUGGACGGAACAACUGCAGCCAUCUCGGUAGCUCGCUAGACAACAAAGUCGGAACAUUCAAGAUUUUUAGACAAUUUCGUGGUUUAAUUGCCACUAUGAUUUAAACAUACUUAUGUGGAAACAACUAGAUGCCCAUUUAAUUUAAUAUUUACGUUGUAAGUCAACUAGCUGGCUGGUUAAGUUAGCACUAGUCUGGUAGCUAAUGCUAACUAGCUAUUAUCCCCGAACAUGAGUUCACUAAACUACUCUCCUCCUUUUCUCUGCUGGACGGAGAAAGAAGCUCUGGUGAAAGAGGAGGAGGAGGAAGAGGAGGCUGUUAAAAUACAAAAACAAGUAGAGGGUGAGGCUGUUACCGUGAAAGAAGAGGAGGAAGACGCGUUCAGAGUGAAAGAGGAGGAGGAUAUUACUGUGAAAGAAGAGGAGGAUGCCGUUUUUGGAAUAGAGGAUGAAGUGAAAGAAGAUGAAGACGUUUUUGGAAUGAAGGAUGAAGAGGGGGAGAUUACUGUCACAUUAGAGGAGGACGAAGAAGAGAAGACUGGAGAUCUGAUUAACACCAGUAAAUACAUAGAGAGACGUGACUAUCGUGGAUCCUCUGGGGAGCCUCAGCAACAUCAUGAUGCUGACGAGGCAGAGAAAAGUCUCUCCAGAUCAGAUCAACUCCUCAAGAAACACCAGCAGAGACCCACAGGAACGAAAUCUCACUGCUGCUCUGACUGUGGGAAAAGAUUAAACUCUUCAUCAAACCUUAAAAUACAUCAAAGAAUUCACACAGGAGAGAAACCUUAUAGCUGUGAUCAAUGUGGGAAGAGUUUUACUACAUCUAGCAAUCUAACUAUACACCAGAGAAUACACACAGGAGAGAAACCUUAUGGCUGUGAUCAAUGUGGGAAGAGUUUUACUACAUCUAGCUAUCUAACUAUACACCAGAGUACACACACAGGAGAGAAACCUUACGCCUGUGAUCAAUGUGGGAAGAGAUUUAUUCUGCUAGAAACCCUGAAAUCACACCAGAGAAUACAUUCUGGAGAGAAACCUUUUGGCUGUUAUCAAUGUGGGACGAGUUUUUCUCACUUAAGCAGCCUGAUAGGACACCAGCGGGGACACACAGGAGAAAAACCUUAUAGCUGUGAUCAAUGUGGGAAAAGUUUUACUACAUCUAGCAAUCUAACUAUACACCAGAGAACACACACAGGAGAGAAGCCUUAUGGCUGUGAUCAAUGUGGGAAAAGUUUUACUACAUCUAGCAAUCUAACUAUACACCAGAGAACACACACAGGAGAGAAACCUUAUGGCUGUGAUCAAUGUGGGAAGAGUUUUACUACAUCUAGCAAACUAACUAUACACCAGAGAACACACACAGGAGAGAAAUAUUUUAGCUGUGAUCAAUGUGGGAAGAGUUUUGGUCAAUCUGGCCAACUGACUGUACACCAGAGAACACACACCGGACAGAAACCUUAUAGCUGUGAUCAAUGUGGGAAGAGUUUUGGUCAAUCUGGCCAACUGACUGUACACCAGAGAACACACACAGGACAGAAACCUUAUAGCUGUGAUCAAUGUGGGAAGAGAUACUCUAGUAAAAGAUCUCUGAUCAAACAUCAGAAAAUACAUGAAGGAGUUGUUUCAUGAUAUCAAUGAAAUAAUGUCACAAUGUAGAUUAUUUUAACAUUAUAUCAGUAGUAUUAUAAUGAAUGUUAACGUAGAACCCUAAAUGUUUGCCCCCUGUUCAAUUGAUUUUAGCCUCAUGGAAACAAUCCAGGCUCUGAAUUGAAAGAGUUACUAUUUAUGUGAUUGAACAAAAAGUGACUAACAAAAAAGAGUUUGUUACACUUACCACGUUGGUGACCCACUGGAAUUUAAAUGCAACACUUCAAAAUGUAGCUAGCAGUUUACCACGUUGGUGACCGACUGAAAUCACAAUGUAGCUAGCAGUUUACCACAUUGGUGACCCACUGGAAUCACAAUGAAACACUCCCAAAUGUUUAGGUAUUCAAUAUAUCACAAACUGUUUCUGCAUAUUGGUUAUUGAUUUGGACACGUUAAAACUGUGUUUUGACAUUGCGCUAUUCCAAUUUAGCUAAAUGUAAUUGAAAAGACGUUGAAAAUAAGACUAUGCCCGACGUCCAAUAUAUGUUCGGUGGUAGUUGAAAGUGAAAGUUGAAAAGAUGUAUUUUUGGGUAGAUUUUUCAAUGACUUGAAAACAACUUAAUUUCAACAUACUUGCAGACUAUACACAUGGAUGCAGUGUAAUAAAUUGGUCUAUAAUCAAUUUUAUGAACAAUC